UUCCCAGUUUAACUUCCGGUUCAAAGCCGAAGACCUAACCGCCACAGAAUAACACACAAUCUGCUCCAAAAUGGCGCAAGAAGUAAGGCUAAGGAUGACCCUCUUCGUCGCCGUAGUUGUGGCAUUUGUUGUCCUUGUUGUUGGAGUGGCAACCGACUACUGGGGCCAAAGCAAACGAACUACUGCAAUACACUACGGAUUAUGGAAAGGCUGCGGGGCAAUCGGUGUGUCUGAUCAAAGCCCUAUACGUUGUUUCAGUCCGGAGGACAAGAGGGUCUCAGACUGGAAAAGGGCUUCACGGGCAUUUAUGGUUUUAUCUUGCCUAGUCUUCGGGGUUGCGAUUGGGUAUGUCCUACUGCUUCAAAUGAAACCAAAGCUUCCAUCAGUUCUAUUGGCAUUCAUUCUGGCUAUUUCAUUUUUGUGUUCAGUGACUGGAGUUGCAGUGUACACAACUCGCAGUGGUAUAUUGCAGGUGCCUGGCCUAGAAUUCGGCUUCUCUUAUAUGCUCGUCUGGGGAGGCAUUGGCUUAAACGCUGUUGCCAUGUUGCUUUCAUGCUGCGAUCAAGCUGGGUAUCAUUUCUUUUGAUUUUUAAGCAUUGCUGAAUAGGGACACGAGUUUUAUCUAAAACCUCAACCUUGUGUAUCAUAAAAAAUUUAUAUUCAUUAUCGCUACUUUCCGUAAUAGUUUAAGAACUGCUGUAAUUUUUAUUUUUUGUAAGAAUUUUAUUGUUGGAA